UCCCAGGGAUGGUAAUCGACGAUGCUGUAGAAAAGCGAUUACUUUUUGCUCCUCCCCCACAAAUCAGAGUGGAGUGUGGAACUUAGUGCGGGCAAGAAGUUAAACAAAGUGGCUGGCGUCAGGGUGAGGGUGCGGGAGCUGACCGAGAUCUUUGAAAGGACCUCCUUACAAUACAUGCUUCCGAUUAUUAACUUUGUUUCAAUUAUAAGAACAGAGCUGUGCAACGGAUCCAUAGUUUUUGAUUGCACCUCUCUUAGAAGUUGCAUGCAAAUCCUCAGGAAGCAGGUUUUUUUAAUGUAAUUAUCAUCACUCAAGGAAAACUUUUUGCUGAAGAACUUUGCCUUUGAUUUACCAGAAUGAUGCUGAUGCUUUCCAACACGAUUGCUUGCAUUCUGAUCCUUGCAACAGCUGUCAAUGCAAAUAGCAAGGUGUUUGGAGACACAGACCAGGUCCGGAUGACAUCAGAAGGCUCGGACUGCCGCUGCAAGUGCAUCAUGAGGCCCCUGAGCAAGGAUGCCUGCAGCCGUGUCAGGAAUGGGAGCAUGCGUGUGGAGGACUUCUACACGGUGGAGACAGUGAGCUCCGGGUCUGACUGCAAGUGCUCCUGCACCGCCCCUCCAGCCUCGCUCAACCCCUGCGAGAACGAGUGGAAGAUGGAGAAGCUGAAGAAGCAGGCUCCAGAGCUGCUCAAGCUGCAGUCCAUGGUGGACCUACUGGAGGGAACUUUGUACAGCAUGGACCUCCUCAAAGUUCACACCUACAUCAACAAAGUGGUCUCCCAGAUGAACACCCUUGAGGAGACCAUUAAGACGAAUCUCACCAGGGAGAAUGACUUUGUGAAAGACAGCAUGAUAAACUUGAGCAACCAACUGAAGCGCUAUGAGAAUUAUUCUGACAUUAUGAUGAGCAUCAAGAAGGAGAUCUCAAGUCUGGGUCUGCAGCUGCUACAGAAAGAUGCUUCUGCUGUUCCCGAUAGCAAAGCCCAGGAAACUUCUGGAGAGAAGACUAAAGCAGUAAAUAAAUAUAUUGGCAAAAAGGUACCCAAGACAGAUAAAACCCCAAAGGAAAAACCAAUAAAGCCCAAGAAAGAAAAUGUUAAGGGUGUGAAACCCACCCCCAAAACCAAGGCAGCAGGGCACCAACCUGGAGUGAUCAGAGGAAUCACCUACUACAAAGCUGGGAAUCCUGAGAGCAGCGAACACAACCCCAGCAGCAGAGAGAACACAGCGAAAGCUCAUUCCCGUUCUGAAGUGCAAGAGUUACAGCCUCAGGACAGGCCUCACAUGCUCAACAACUCUGAAGAUCUAAGAGCAGUUCCCUCAGAAACCACUACCACCACCACCGCUGUUCCCACGACGACAACCUCUGCUCCCACGGCAACCACCACCACCACCACUGUAUCCACGACCACCACCACUGAGAAUCCAGCGCCAACCGUCAUGAUUGUCCUUGAGAAUGUAGACAAUUCCAGUGGCUCUCUCAACAGAGUGCUUAAAGAUGGGGAGUGUGAAGGGACCAUAUCAUCGAUAGAGUUGCCUGAGAGACACCACAGCUAUGGACGCAAUGAGGGAGCCUGGAUGAAAGACCCCUUGGCCAAGGACGGAAAGAUCUACGUUACCAAUUAUUACUAUGGCAACAACCUUGUGGAGUUCAGGAAUCUGGAAAACUUCAAACAAGGUCGCUGGAGCAACUUGUACAAGCUGCCUUAUAACUGGAUCGGCACAGGCCACGUCGUUUACAAUGGAGCCUUUUACUACAACAGAGCCUUCACCAAAAACAUCAUUAAGUAUGACCUAAAGAUGAAAUAUGUGGCCUCCUGGACCCUUCUCCAUGACGUUGUGUAUGAGGACACCACCCCCUGGAAGUGGAGGGGUCACUCUGACAUUGACUUUGCAGUGGAUGAAAGUGGCUUGUGGGUCAUUUACCCUGCCAUCGAUUACGACUACUCCCAGCAGGAAGUCAUUGUCAUCAGCAAGCUGGACCCAAGCGACCUUUCCAUUAAGAAGGAGAGCACAUGGAAGACAGGCCUGAAGCGCAACUCCUAUGGCAACUGCUUUAUCAUCUGUGGGGUGUUGUACGCCGUGGAUGUUUACAACCAGAAGGAGGGCGAGGUCUCCUACGCGUACGACACUCACACAAACACAGAGGCCACCCCCACACUGCCAUUUACUAACGAGUAUGCCUUCACCACUCAGAUUGACUACAAUCCCAAAGAAAAGGUCCUCUAUGCCUGGGACAAUGGCCAUCAACUAACAUACAAGAUCAACUUUGUACAGUAGUUGAUUAUCAGUCGUCAAGGUCCCCCCUGUCACCAAGCACUUUUUAAUCUUUUGUAUGUUAGUUGAUAAAUUGACAAAUUAAUGCAUAACUUCUGCACUUCGGUUCUAGGACAAAUGGAAGCAGCAAUGCCUUACUGCACUUGUAUAUUAUCAUUAACUCAAUUGUUUGCAGGGAUCCUAGAUAAAAAAAAUGAAAUUCUCAGAUAAAAAAAUAAAAAUCCAAGUUAUUCUGUAAGUAAAAUAAAAUAUCUAGAAAUGAGUUUUCCCUGCCACAUUAUAAGACACACAAAACAGUACAGUUGGGUAAUAGUUUGUAACAAACAGACCUAAUCCCUCAGCCAACCAUUCCCAGAAAAAGAACAGGUUGCUGCACCAAAAAAUAAAAUAAUUUGGUACAGAAGGUCUGUAUGACAGCACAAAAAACGAAUUUAGUGUUCAAAUUGUUAUGCAAAAAAUGGUAGGACAUAUUUAUUAAUACUCAGCGUUCCUUAUAGUACACCCAAUAUCCUCUGCACACAUUUAGCUCAUUGUAACAUAUAUAUAUAUAUAUAGCGUACCCAUGGUUAAUUGGGAGAUAGCUGAGUAAAGAUCUUAUAAGCAAAUAAAAAAAACAAAUCAAUUAAUUAUAAGUCUGACAACACGAAGCCAAGUCUGAAAAAUCCUCUUCGUAAAAAGCAAAAGAUCAAAACUAACCGUUCAUUAGUUUAACCAAGGGAAAAAAAAUAUGCAUAUCCAAAGAAAACGGAAAAAAGAUCAUUAUAAUCCACCAAGCAUGGUUGUAAAAGAUAGAUCUCACCCAAGUCCAGGAAAGGAAAACAUUGUCCGAUCAGAUGAGCUGAAGUUGAUUCAGCUUUGAAGACUGACAAAUCCGAACAGGUAAGCAGAAGAUACAAAGCAGUAAAACAGCAGGUUUGAAAAAAUAAACUGGUACUUUCCCAAAGCAAAAAUAAACAAACACCUUGGCUAGCGAAAAAAAACAACCCAAAGAACCUAACUUAAUUUUAAACUGUUUACCUGAUUAGAAAACUAAAAAAGGUGAGCAAAAAAGAUAAAAAGAACUAUGAAAUAAUACUCACUGAAGUGAAACAAAACCUCAGUACUAUAUAGCACCACACAAUGUGGCAAUGCCACAUAUUGCCCUUCUUGCUUAGGGGAAAUGGUCCCAUGAGAUCUAUGCCCAGCAUCUCUCCUGGUUCAUGGACUGAGGUGGAUUGUAAGAACCCAGCUGGUUUACUAUUGGGAGGUUUGUAUUGUUGACACAUAGUGCAUUCUUUGAUAUGUUUCCAGGUAUCUUAAGAACACAAGAACAUAAGAAAGUUUACAAAUGAGAGGAGGCCAUUCAGCCCAUCUUGCUCGUUUGGUUGUUAGUAGCUUAUUGAUCCCAGAAUCUCAUCAAGCAGCUUCUUUUCAGGUCAAAAAAGUCCCCUGGGUUGACAUUGUCUAUACCUUUUAGGAUUUGAAUCAGAUCACUGCGUAGUCUUCUUUGUUCAAGACUGAAUAGAUUCAAUUCUUUUAGCCUGUCUGCAUACGACAUGCCUUUUAAAACUGGGAUAAUUCUGGUUGCUCUUCUUUGCACUCAUUCUAGAGCAGACAUAUCCUUUUUGUAACGAGGUGACCAGAACUGAACACAAUAUUCAUCUUGAUGAACUGCAGGCCAACAUUCGUUCUCCAGGAUACGUAGGAGUGUCUUAAGGCGCCCAACAUGACCUCCAAGAGGGUUGUCGUGAUAGUAAUCCAGGAACGCUGAAGUCAUCCUCUUUGGUACCACCAACUGAAACUGUUGCCCGCCAUGUGAGACUGGUGUUCUUCUAUACACCAGCCCUUGCAUGAUGGAGAAGGCAAUCUGAUCUUGUCUGGAAGGAGUCUGUGUGUUGAUGGUAUGUCUGAUGUCCGUGAUAUAAGGAUCCUUGGACCGUGUGGCCGCAACUUUGUCCAGUGACGUCGGCAGAUCCUUACUGAUGGAGCUGGACUGGUCAGCAUACACUGCCAUUAAGGUAGAAGACUGCACAGGCACUCUUGAGAGAGCAUCAGGCCCCAGAUUUAGACUUCCCUUCCUGUAGAUUACCUUGAAGGUAAACUGUUGUAAACGCAAUGUCCAUCUUGUAAGCCUGGACGAUGUUUUUGGUAUAUUAAAACCCCAGGACAAAGCAGCAUGGUCAGUAACCACCUCGAAUAUGAUACCUUCCAGGUGGUGGCAGCACUUCUCCACUGCCCAGACGACUGCCAAGCAUUCUUUCUCCGAGGUCGAAUAAUUCUUUUCUGCCGAGUUGAGGAUCCGGGAUGUGAGGGCAAUGACAUGUUAAUUAUCUUCAACACUCUGAGCCAGAAUGGCCCCAAGUCCCACCUCACUGGCGUCUGUGUACACUCGGAAAGGUUUGUUUAGAUCAGGGUGACUUAACCCAGGAGAAGCUUGCAGGGCAUUCUUUAGCUGCUCCGUGCUGUUCUGGCAGUCCUCCGUCCAUUGCCAAGGCACUCCUUUUUUCUUGGUGCUGCCAAGUCUGCAAAAUGGGGAAUAAAUUUGUGGUACCAGCCUGCUAAACCUAAAAAACUCUUUACAGCCUUUAGGUUGGUGGGAAUUGGAUACUGCUGUGUGGCCUCCACCUUCUCAGGGUCAGCAGCAGUCUUCUCCUGAUACCACAUGGCCCAGAAACUUGAGACUGCGUUGAAGAAAGUGACAUUUUGCCAUGUUGAGUGUAAGAUUAGCUAGGUGGAGCUUGCUAAAUACUUGCCCAAGAUCUUCAAAGUGCUUGGUCUUAUCAGGUGAGUAUACAAUUAUAUCAUCGAUAUAUACAAAACAGAACUUUCCACUUAACUCUCCCAGGACCUGUUCCAUCAAUAUCUGGAACGUUGCUGCUGCAUUUUUUAACCCACACGGCAUUACACGGAACUGGUAGAGUCCAAAUGGAGUGGUAAAAGCAGUCUUCUGUCAGCUGGAAUCAUCCAUGGCUACCUGCCAAUAUCCCAAUUUAAGGUCCAAAGUACAAAAUACAGCUACUCCCUGUAGUGACUAGUAUGUCAUGCACAUUUGGCAUGGGAUGCGCGUCAAACUGAGUUUUGCCCUUCAGGCGGCGGUAAUCCACACAGAAGCAGUAAGUCCCAUCCUUCUUUUCAGUUAGGACCACUGGCACUCCAUGAUGAAGAUGAUAGCUCCACAACCUUGUCUUCACUCAUUUUUUUAAGAUGCUGCUGUAUCAGCAGUCUUUUUUGUGGAGAUGCUCUAUAGGCUCUACAACGUCCUGGAAACUCAUCAGUAGUGUAAAUGACAUGCUUGGUUACGAUGGUCUUGCCUAGCUGGACUGUGCACACGGAUGGCCACUGCUUCUUUAAUGACUCAAGGUCACAUGGCAGACUACAAUGUGUUUGUGCAAUGCCAGAUAUUUUCACCAUGCAUUUUGCCUCAUCACACAGCACAUCCUUGGAUCCAGUGUUAAGUGCUUUGUCAGCGACGUGGGAGAUAGCCAUGUAUACACUGACUGAAGAUAACGUAUCAGGAACUGUUCUUACCUUCCACAGCUGCCUCCACUCUGCAGACUUCAGGAAAGGAUAACAUGAAUAAUUAUUUUGGUCUUUAACUCCAAACUGCUUUCCAACAAUGUCAAUUUCAGUACUGGUUUUACACAGACAAUCCAAACCCAAAGCCAGGUGAAUGUCAUCCAUGAUAUAGGUAUCCAGAGUCCAUAGUUCUCCAUGGAAAUUAUAUGCUAGACGCACCUUACCCAGGAAACCAUGUGUUUGGCCAUCCGCCAAAACAAAAGCUUGAUCCUCGCAUGGUAUAAGGGUGUCUUCAGGUCUUUGUACCUGGUUCCAAAGCUGUUUCUUCAGCAGAGUGAAUGUACACCCAGUGUCCAACAGUGCAGGUCCAUGCAUAUCUCUAACAGCUAUUUACACAACAAGUAGAGUAGGCUUGACAUGAUGUUCACACUCAGGUCUUGAUCUCUUGACAUGCUGUAGGACACUGAUGUCAGCUGCUUUCUUUGGGUAGGGGCGAGCUGUCUUUCUCAGGUUUUUCUGUUGAGACCUUGCUGUUAAUUUUAGCCCAGUAUUCCUUUUGAAAUGACCAGUCUCUCUCCACCAUGGUACCUACCCUGACUAAUUCAGGUACAGUGCUAACGGCUCUACGCAGGCAGCUGGCAAGUUUAGGGUUGGUAUUAUUUAAAAUGCGUCUCACAACCUCUGUUUCAACAAUGUCUGGCUUCCACUUCAGACACAUGGCUCGGAAGUUGUGUGCAAAAUCUCUGAUGCAUUCUCCUGGGCUCUCCCGGGAACUGUUUACCUGGCAAGGCAUAACACCAGUUUAAAUUAAAAACUGGCAAGUAAUGCAAUUAUAGCACCACACAAUGUGGCAAUGCCACAUGUUAACACAGGAAGCAUUUAUUGUUGUUGUUGUUACAUUUGUUGUCUCUUUGUGUUGUAUUUUAGUUUAUAACUUUAAUUAUUCUUGAACUGUAACCUUGUAUUACAGUGUAACAUGUGCAAGUCGCUUUGGAUAAAUGCGUCUGCUAAAUAAAUAAAUACAAUAAAGUGGUUACACUUUCAAAUUCUAAGCAAGUUACAAGCUUACCAGCAUCAUUAAUCAUAAAACAAACAUACUUUUUUUUUUACUUCAAAUAUUACAAAUAGUUCCCUGUUGUUAAAAAAAAAAAAAAAUCAUGUUAGUUCAACUCCGAGUUAGUCUUCAUCAUCCGGAUGGCUAUUGUUAAAAUAGAGCUGCAGCAUUCCAGUCCAAUUGGUCUGACUUUGGAAUGGCACCACCUCCCUAAUGUGCUUGCUGAAAAAAUCUCCAACUGCCGGUUGAUCCCCUUUGUACAGAGGAAUGUCGGCUUUUACACACAUUUUGACAAAAUCUGAAACAACAGUUUCACGCUGUUCUUUGGCAGUAAGACGCUGAACUGAUCCAAACACAGCGGUCUGUUUCAGUGUUUUCGAUGGCCCUGCUGUUUCAGCCUCAUCUUGUUUACGUUUCCUUGCAUUCAAUGUAUGUAUAGCGCUUCCCAUGUGUUCUAAUGGUCUGCCUACGAGUGUAACAGCACAUUACCAUUGACGUGAAAUUCGUCCUUGUCAAACUCGUUGACCCGAUCUUUAGGGGUGAUUUUUAUUGUUUUCGGCAUCUUUGAACAGCUCUGAAUAGUGAAGUAAACUGAACUUGAAUACCGGAAGCAGUUUUAUUAGACAUGUAUGUUUAUGUAAGUUUAAAGCAAAGUUGUCUGUGUUAAUGUUUAUAUAUCAUACAUGUAUUUGGUUAUUAUCAAACAAACAAAAUAAGCCUUGCAUAUUUUUUGCCCAUCCCCAAGCGUAAAACUAAAAAAUCUAUGUUUAUUCCGUGUUAUCAUAGACAAAUCCAGCAUCAACACAAAUCCAAACCAUGUAAAUAUCGAAUCCACAUGUUUUACUGCUAAACAUGUCAUUUUAAGCCAUGCAGUUAUACUGCAGCCUCAGCAUUACUAAAGUCCCAUUGGAUGUGUGGCGCCGCUUCCUUUAACCUGAGUAAGUUACUGUACCUGGGCUGGACCAGCUGCUGCUGAGCUCCCAACAUCUACCCUUUAUAAAACCAUAGCGAGAAGGAACCAUGAACUUAUACAAAAUGUUGCAAUAGGAUGAUCAAGAGAUUACACCUGACCAGUGCAGAAAGUCACAUUCAGUUUGUGUUUACUAAUGCUGGCGCAGGACUGCCACCUCCAAGAUGCAAAAAAAGGACUACUACCCCUCCCCCUACAAAGAGUCCUAGUGCCAACUACAGCUAAUUAUUACUAAAAUGUUUUAGAGAACCAUUUUACACAAAAACUAACACAAUACAUGUACUUUUAUGUUAUUAUAUAUCUUACCUUAUGUGUGUAGGGAGGAUGCAUGGUAGUGACACAGUGAAGCAGCAAACUGAUUGAUAGAUGCAGAUGACUGACAUCCACUGUUGUGUGUGUGUGUGUGUGUGUGUGUGUAUAUAUAUAUAUAUAUACACAGCUAUGGCCAAAGGUUUUGCAUCACUCUACAGAAUUAACACAUUUUGCUUCAUAAAGUCGAGUGCUAAUGUACAAGUGGUGAAAUACAAUUUUUUCGUGUUCAGUAGUGCAGUGUUGUCCGGGUUGCUGCUGGCCUUAAGCGACAGCUCCCGGUACUUGUUAGUCGUCUAAUAAGAACAAACGAGUAUAAUUAGAAACAACAAAACAAACAAACACUAAACACUCACUCCUUCAUGGGUUUGCUCGGAACCAUAACAAAGGAACAGAUCGCUUAGCCACGUCCCCUUUUGUAUCAUCAGUCACGCCCCCUUGGUUAGCGAGUGCAGCCGUUUCUCCUCCAAUCCGUGGUUGCCACAUCGCUUCCCUUCUGGGGUGAUCACUUGGUGUACCGUAGCUCCGCCCCCUUUCUAGAUGGCCGACUUCCACCUUUCCCUUGGAAUGAAUUGUCAGACCAUCCAGUCUGGGGCACUCUGUUCCCUUUACACAGCGCCCGCACAGGUCAGGAGGGAGAUUUAUAACCAAGAUUCAUUCUUUCUCUGUCACAGCAUGUAAUGAAAAACAGAAACAAAACAAGAAUUGCAAAAAUGCAGUAUUACUGAAUUACAGGUAUUUUGAGGUACUACUGCAAAGUUAAAGUGUCCAAAAUACUGCAGUGUUAGUACUGUUUUUCAAAGGGAAAUGUAACACUUAGCAUGUCCUUACAUUUCAGAGUUUGUCAAAAAGUGAUAUUAUGUUCUUUUGGUGAUAAGGUUUGUGGUAAUGCUUGUUUAUAUUACUGUGGUAACUGUGCUAAAUAGCUCCCGGAAACAUUGAAAACAUGUAUUCCUCUAUCUGUUUCUCUGUGUGUUGUGAUGUUUUUGUGGCUUCUACGUAUAUAACAUGUUUCCUUCAAUAAAGUAGAACUACCAUGUGA